UUUCGUUUUGUUUACAUCACCCUUAUCCCAAUUUAGUUUUAAACAAUAUAUUUAAUGAUUCUCACCGAAAUAUGCUCUCUGACAAGGACACGGCAGCUGCCCCAGCUAGUGUGCAGACAAUUAAGGAGCAAGAGCCACAAUGCGCCAGCAGCCAGUACAACAGUUCUAUCAGCGGCCGAUUUUCCCAUACUGUUGGCAAAGGAGCAGCGCGAGCGCUGUAUGGAAAAGCUCCGCAAGUUGCCAGCCUUUCCACGUCCCAAGUCACUUACUCCUAACAGGCACGAAAAGAACUCGGCCUCCGUACUGAUAGCAUUGUGCCUGGAGCGCGACACCAAUGAAAUAUCGCUGCUAUACACCCGCCGCUCCCGGCACCUGCGUAGGCACAGCUUACAGAUAUCGUUUCCAGGUGGCAAACGAGAUGAAACUGACACCAGCUUUGUGGAUUGCGCGCUGCGAGAAACAGAGGAAGAAAUUGGCUUACCGCGAGAGCGCAUUCAAAUUUGGGGCGAGGCCAAUCCGAUCGAUCUACCACGCACCGCCACCAUUGUCCCAGUUGUGGGCGUAGUGCCCGAUUUCCAUGUCUCCCAGCUUAAACUCAACUGGGACGAAGUAGAGGAGGCUUUCAGUAUACCGCUUAACUCGCUGUUGACGCCGUCAGCCGCCCGUCAUACUCAAUUUCGUACUGGCUACAGCGGACCAGUCUUUGUUGUGGAUCAACAUCGGAUCUGGGGGAUUACCGGCUAUUUAACAUAUAUGUUCCUGCGCUGCCUGCUGCCCAGUUCUAUGCUGCCCAGUACGCUGAAAACGAAUAUUAAGUUUAUACGACCAUAUAAAGUGCCACCAAAGCUGCCACAUCAUCAUGUGGAGGCAAAGGUCGAAUAGUUUUUGACUCUAAUCAGAAAUACUCGAACCUUUAACGGAUUCAGGGCAAAGCUCGUCUAAUUUUGUUUUACUGUGUAAUAUUUUACUCAAUUGCAGUAUUUAUCAAAUAACGAUGUACAUAAACUGAAUAUUCAUUUAAUAAAAGCAUGUUGGAUACAUUUUUAA